ACCUGAUAACAGCUGCGCUCACUGCCACCCAACACACAAAAAAAGAGUUCUGCUGACAUUUCCCAUGCGACCGACUGCACAUAGAGGUAGUUAAGACGAACUAAAAAGAGCAGAAAGGAGUUCGGGAAGUUGUUUGUGCCAGGAGGAGCAAACUUAAUCCUAGUGAGGCAGCUCCAUGCAAGAGACCAUCUUUUCCUUGAGGUUAGAUAGGUAAGUCAGUGUGACCAAACCCAUGGACAAGUUCAAGGCAGGCCUGGUUCUCGGGGCUGUUGGGGAUGCUUUGGGCUUCAGAAAGGGGCGCUGGGAAUCCUGCCCAUCAGGGAAGAAGAUCCAAGAGGAACUGGUGGAUCUGGGCGGACUGGGGGCUCUUAAACUGGAUCCUGAUAACUGGCCUGUGAGUGAUGCAGCACUGCUGCAUAUGACCACAGCAGAAGCUCUCGUAACAGACUACUGGUGUCUUGAGGACCUGUACAGGGAGCUGGUGCGUCUCUAUGUUGAAGCCAUGGUGUGUCUCCAGGGCAGAGCUCCUAAUCCCUCCACAGUGGAGGCCUGUGCUCACCUCAAACCUCACAACUUCCUGCUCGCCUGGCAUACGCCCUUCAAUGAAAAAGGCUCUGGGUUCGGGGCAGCGGCCAAAGCCAUGUGUGUGGGUAUGAGAUACUGGCAACCUGAGAGGCUAGAAAACCUGGUGGAGGUCAGCAUUGAGAUUGGAAGGAUGACACACAACCACCCAACAGGCUUCCUUGGCUCUCUUGCAACAGCACUCUUUGCAUCAUAUGCAAUCCAGGGAAAGCCUGUUGUGACUUGGGGCCGCGACCUCAUGGAGGUCAUUCCUCGUGCCGAGGAGUACUGUAGAAAGACCAUACGGCAUAUGUCAGAUUAUCAGGAAAAUUGGUUCUACUUUGUGGCUAAGUGGCAGUUUUACCUUGAAGAGCGAGAAAUAGACAAGGAAGGACAGAACAAACCUACAUUUCCUGAUUGCAAAGAUGCUGAGGAGACAGACAGAAUGUACAAGCGUUGGAGUUCAGAGGGUCGUGCGGGCCGGAGAGGUCAUGAUGCCCCCAUGAUAGCUUAUGAUGCUUUUCUGGCUGCAAAGGGGGACUGGGCUGAACUCUGUAAGCGAGCUAUGUUUCAUGGAGGUGAGAGUGAAGCCACAGGUCUGAUUGCAGGCUGCCUGUAUGGUCUCAUGCAUGGCCUGAACCAGGUCCCUCAAGGCCUGUACAUGGACUUGGAUAAAAGAGAACGCCUGGAAGAGCUUGGGGAGGCCCUGUACAAGGCAUCAUCUGCAGAGAAAUGCAUAGACAAACCAGAUUGUCGGAAAACCAGAAUCAUCCCAGACCCCAGAACGCUGAAGAAGUUGGUCAGAGACCCGAAAUACCCUCCAGUGCUGCGAGGGAUUCUUGAAAGUCUCUUACAUUACCUAAUGCAAGAGCUGCCAAUGAAGGCCAGCGACAAUAGAAAUGCAGAGAAGACAGGAUCUGCAGUACAAAUGAAUACAAGAAGUACCAACUUUCCUUAUCAUCAAAAUGAGACUUCAGUGAAACAGAAGGAAUUUGAGAUAAGCAACAAUGUGGUUCAUCUAUCUGAAGUGGGAAAAGAGGUCCAGGCAAAGGCUGCUGAGGCCAGUUCCAAUGUCUCGGAAAAGUGCCGGCUGGAUAAACAAGAAAGGGAAGUCAAAGAAGACAAAAAAGCAGGAACCUUAAUAUCUCGGCAGCUCACCACAUUUCAUCUUCUCCAGUCUAAGUUCUCACGGUCCUCACCCAAACCCUACAUUACCCACCAGAGGGAGGUAGGAACUCUACCCUCCAGCAGAGGUGUUGAAGGCCAUGAUGGCCAUAGUCAGGACAGAGAACAUGAUACACACACCAGGGGCAGAUCUAAAAGAGAACAAGUACUAAAGAGACGUGGCAAUGUAAAGGAAAUAGUUGCCAAGUUUGCCAUGGCUGAGCAAAAAGAAGAAGGACCGAAAACUCUGAGCAAACAAUCCAUUAAGCCGAGACUCAUUGGAAGAGGGCUCCUCUUAUCUGCCCUGAUGGAGAGAUUUGAGACCGUAGCUACUGUAUGCAGGGGAAGUGACUUAAAAUGUUCACACAAAAGUGUCUCUGGAGUCAAGCUUUCAUCUAGCAUAAAAGAAAAAGUAGCUUGUAAUGAAAGAAAGCAACAACAGGUAGGUCAAGUUGUCCAAAAACAAAACCCAACAGGGCCGACAAAAUGUAAAUCUGCAGAGCAGUUAGGAGGAAAGGAAGACAGGAAUGGACAAGAACAAAGACUGAAUCAAGCAGUGCAAAUAAGGGACCAGCCCUCAGAUCAAGAGCGUCAAAGUUCAGGGCACCAGAUGAGGAGUCAAGAUAAUGAUACCAAUGCUGAUAGUUUGGAUUCAACAGAUUUGAGUGCUAAAACUGAGUUUAUUACUAAAAGGGUAAAAUUUGGAUGUCUAGAGUUAAUCCCUUCGUCAGUUGUGACAGAGUGGUCACUCCCACAAACUUACAGGCCGUUUCUGCAGGAAGAGCCUCCAGUGAACAUGCAUGUGGCCGCCAUCAUGACCCACGCUCCUGUUUGGUCCACAUGUGUAGAUUCUUCUCCUCAACAACAUCUGAAGGAAACUAAUCUUGAAACACCAGAAUGCCCAAAUCAGGACAAAUUACAGCAGAAAACCACCGACACUUCCCACAGAGACAUACAGUUUUCUUCCUCUAAGUUGGCUGCAGGUGAACAAUUUGAAACAACAGAAGACAAUGGCAAAAUAAAAAUCAAGGGAUGUUCUGUAGAACCGUUGAAUGAAGCUAUAACCGAUGGAGACUUAAACCUAUUAAGGCCUGGGAUCGUUCAAAGAGGUUUGUCUAUGUAUGUCAUCCCACACUUUUACAGAUUUGUUGGCCCACAUGGUGCUGAUCUGAGUAAUUCCACUUCUCAGUCAACGCCACACCCAGAAACUUCAACUCCUCUGAGUGCAAAUACACUUUCACAUUCUGAUACUUCUGCAACUACUCCUGGUACUGAUCCACACAUCUGUCUUCAUGUUAACCAGGGUGCAACAACAAGAAAGAAAUCAGCAGAAGAGCAAUCCCUAGAAAAAAUCAUGGCUACUAUAGAAGAAGAAAGUAGAAACACACAGAGCUUUAGACCUUUUGAGGACACUGCCAAAAAGGUUGCAUCAGAGGACAAUGACAAGUUUCAAUCUGACAGAAAUAGCACAGAGCUGAGACCAAAGUACAGAACAAUAAAUUAUGGGGAUCCUUCAGUCAAGCAAACAUAUAAACCCAAAAUCAUACGAUUUACAGACACAUUUACUUUCUAAAUUAGAAGCCAAAUAUUGUUUUUCCGUCACACCUGGAUAUAGAUUUAAUAUCAAGAUUUGGGCUGCUCUGAAUAAUACAUUUGAAACAAUGCAGUGCUGUAACAGAGCAAUUUCUCAAAUAGAAUUAAAUUGAGUAAGGACUCUCAGGGACCAUAUGCUUAACCUCUAAAAAUAUAUAUUUUCUGAAAUUUAAAGGCAUUGAAAGCCACAAUGCUAUGUAACUAUGUGGCUCCAUUUAGGCACUUAUUCUGUUCCCUGGUCUCUGCCAGUCCAAGUGGCCACAGCUUGAGUCAUAAAACAAAGCACUAAAUUAUAAAAAAAAAAACAGGACGUUAUUUCUUUAUUUGCUUCCAAGGGAUAACAUAUUAAAGCACAUAAGAACACGUCCACACCCCUGCACACAUUCAUAAUUUCCAGUCUCUCAUAAUGGCUUCACCAAGCUGCUUGGUAACUUCAUUCACGUUUCUUUCAGUCAUCCCAGACAGAGAGUAUAUAUGUUUUUAUGCUUAACAAACUUGAGGAGAUUAAUCGUUUCUGUGUGUUAGACACCACUAACUGUCAUUCUGUUGCUGGACACGCACAUACACACAUGAAAUAAUUUAACGUUGCUUAGAAAGGGACAAAGUAAGGCUUGUCCAGAGUAAUGGAGUGGUCAGAUGACUAUCGCAAAUAUGGUACAAGUUGGAAGCCAAGCCACUGAUCAAAUAACCUCUGCAGAAACAUGAGUAUGCAUUUGGACUUACUCUGGUAUGUGCACGACAGGACUGAAGCCUACACGUUGAUUUCAUGUAGGUCAAACAAGCUUAAGUAAUUUUUUUUUAGGUAGGGUGGUUCCUUUGUAUCUGCAUUGUAUCUGGACAUGCAGUUUACUGAACACACUCACACACACACACACACACACACACACACACACACACACACACACACACACACACACACGUACAUUUAGGAUUUAUGACUGGAUAUUUAAGUCAUUUUCAGCCCAUUUUUCAUGGUUGAAUACUUCACACUGUUGAUGUAUUUGUUAUUCAAAUAAAAUGUAGUUGUUUGUCA